AUGCAAAAGAAUUGUUCUUACCAUCUCUCUUUUGCCGAUGACCUCUUAAUAUUUUGCAAAGGGUCUGUGGAUUCUGUUAUUAGAUUUACUACUGUCCUUGAUCUUUUUUAUGAAAUGUCUGGGUUAAGCCUUAAUGCUUCUAAAUCUGAUCUGUUUUCUGCUGGAAUUCCCUCCACUGAUCUUGAGAAAAUUAAACAGAUUACUGGCUUUAAGCUUAGCAGACUCCCUGUUUGUUACUUAGGUAUUCCCUUGGUCACUAUGAAGAUUUCUGAAAAAGACUGUUAUUCUCUCAUUGAUAAUAUUAAAGCUAGAUUAAAAUUCUGGUCUGGUAGAACACUCAGUUAUGCUGGCAUAUUGGAAUUAAUCCGAGCAGUGUUAUUUAGCAUUGCAAACUAUUGGUGCAUACAAUUAAUCCUUCAUACCUCUGUUAUUAAAAAGAUUGAACAGCUCUGUUCAAGGUUCUUCUGGAAAGGGGCUGACAAAUCAGCUGCUGGUGGAAUGGUGAAUUGGCAGAAAAUACGUCUUUCAAAAUCUGAAGGGGGUCUUGGCCUUAAAGACUUAAAAACAUGGAACAAGGCAUGUUUGAUGCUUCUUAUAAAACACAUACUGGCAGGUGAAGGUUCUUUAUGGGUGGCAUGGCUUAGAAACUACAUUUUCAAUGUCUAUGACUUCUGGAAUAUUGGGAUUAAGUCUUCCAUGAGCUGGAACUUAAAACAAAUAUUGAAAAUGAGACCAGAAGCUUUUUUUGUUUUGCUGUCUUCUACGAAAAAAGUCAAAGAAAUAUGGAAUGUUAUCAGAGUUAAGACUCCCAAAGUCCCUUGGCAUAAACUGUUAUGGUUCCCUCUUCACAUCCCAAACACAACUUAA